AUGCACAAAAGAGACGUAAGUGAAGGUUUUCGAGCUCGUGGAAUGAUCUCAAAUUGCAUUAAGGACAAAUACGAAGAGCUAUCAUUCUUCCGGAAUAUUCAAAAGCGCGAGAAAGAACAAGUUGCUAGCCUUCUUCAGCCUGUUUCUGAAGAAUUUGAGGCUAAAACACCGCCGGCAACGCCUCUAUUUCCAUCACUAGAGAUGGAAACAAAUGGGCAAGAAUUAGUCAUUCAGAGGGAAAUACCAAUCCUCCUGUCUCUUUCAAGGGUGUAA